CCGUAGUAAGUAAGUAUAGCAGAGAGAAGAAUAUUCCGAUAAUCUCAACUCAGCACAAAACCCUAACUGAAACAGAACACAACUUCUAAACCCUCACUCAUGGCUGAAACCAACAACCAUGAAGAACAAGCAUUCCCCUCCAAGCGCAAGCCCGAUCAAGAUCUCCAUGACAUUCCCAACAAAACUCCCAAGAUAACAACAAUCUCGGACCACUCCCAACCCCCCACCACCGCCAAUUCUUCUUCUAACCACGAUGUCGUUCCCAACAACGACAAUGAAGAUGAUGAUGACAGCGAGGACUCGGACGCUGAGCCUGUGGUGGACAGGAAGGGAAAAGGGAUUAUGCGUGACGACAAAGGCAAAGGCAAAUUGAUUGAAGAAGAUGAUGAAGAAGAAGAGGAGGAUGAUGAUCACAGUGACGACAGUGACGACGAUUCUGAUUCCGACGGCAAUGUUUCCGGAAGCGACAGUGAUUUUUCCGAUGAUCCGUUAGCAGAGGUGGAUUUGAAUAACAUUCUUCCGUCCAGGACUCGGCGGCGAACCACUCACCCGGGACUGCACAUUGCUGGAGGUCCGGUGAAUGCUGAUCAGGGCAAUGAUCAUAGUGAUGCUUAAAUUCUACCAAGGACUCCUGACUCUGGACCGUGCAGAAGGUUUGAGUUUGUGAAAGGAGGAUGGUGAUGUCAACUACUAGGGUCGUUUAAUGUUGGAGGGGAUGCGAAUUUGUUGUUUCGGCUGAUGCUACCCAAUUCCGUGUGACUUUUACAGUGAUUUUUGCUUUCCAUUGGGUACCAAAUACCCAUUCACUUUUUUUGUUGGGUUAUCCCCCUUUUUUCAUGUAAAGACCAGUAGCCUUCUUAUGCUCCAAAUGUAACAUGUCCCGGACGAUUUACCCACUUUAUUUAUGGAACUUCAUUGAUAUCAGAUUUGCAUUGGCUUGGCUAUUUUGCACCAGAUGUUUUGAGACAGUGCUGGGACGAAAAUCCUUUAAUCAUAAAAUAGUUGGUGUUUUCAGUACA